GUUACAACAUCCACUAAAAAUAUCAUGUUCACUUUGUAUGUAGUAAAAUUAAAAUGACAGUAACAUAUACUAGUGAAGUCACUUCCGGCAGAGGAAUUAGUGCAUUUUUGAAAUUAUUAUUAAGAUGGAAAGGAAGCAUUUACAAAAUAGUAUGGAUAGAUUUAUUAAUAUUUAUUUCACUAUAUUACAUUAUCUUCAUUUCUUACACCUACUCAACAAAUGAACAUUACACGAAUUACCUCGUGAAAAUAAUUAACUAUUGUAGAAAAUACCGUGAUAUGAUACCUCUCAGUUUCGUAUUGGGUUUCUAUGUCAGUCUUGUUAUGACCAGAUGGUGGGAUCAAUACAGGACCAUUCCGUUUCCGGAUAAUUUAGCUAUACUUGUCGGAGCCAUAGUCAAAGGCCAAGAUGAAAGGGCGAGAAUUGUAAGAAGAACAAUAGUUAGAUACGCAUGUGUAGCAUUUACGAUAACACUUACCAUGAUGUCCCCUAAAGUAAAAAAACGAUUUCCGACAACAGGGCAUCUUGUUGAAACGGGACUUAUUACCAAAGAAGAGAAAAAAAUAAUGGAGGAUUUGGAUUUGGAAUAUCCAAGUUAUUCGAAAUAUUGGCUACCAUUAGCUUGGGGAUCUAACAUAACAACUAGAGCAAGGCAUGAAGGUCUUAUUACUGAUGAUGAAGCCAUGCAAUCUAUUAUUGAUGAAUUAAAUUCCUUUAGAAGUAAAUUAGGUGGAAUGCUGGAUUACGAUUGGAUAAGUGUUCCACUAGUUUAUACUCAGGUAGUUACUUUGGCUGUAUAUACUUAUUUUCUAAUAAGUCUUUUCUCUAACCAAAGCAUUAAUGGAGAUGAAUCAACCGAUAUUUGCUUUCCUCUUAUACCAAUUCUUGAAUUUUUCUUUUAUAUGGGCUGGCUAAAAGUAGCAGAAUCUUUAAUCAAUCCAUUCGGUGAAGACGAUGACGACUUUGAAGUAAAUUGGAUGGUUGAUAGACAUAUACAAGUUUGUUAUUUACUGGUAGACAAAAUUCAUCAUGAACAUCCAAAACUGAUGAAAGAUACGUAUUGGGCAAGGGCACCAAAGGUUCUACCAUACACAAUAGCUGCGCAAAACUAUAUGUCCGAAUGUCCCAUAGAAUCUACUAAAAAUAUAAAAGUCAAGAAGAACGAACAAGAUUUAUUAAUACCAGACUUGGACGAGAUCUAUUAUGUAUUUCAGACAGAUGGAAAAACAAGAGGAAGUACUUCAGUUUGGAAUAUUUUAAAAAAUCCAUCUGGUAAAAGAAUUCAUGGGAUUCCCUUAAACUCGAUAAGCAAGCCAGAAACUGAAGUGUUAGAUGAAAAUAUUGAGAUAAACGAGUAUGAAACAACUGGACCAGACAGAAUUAAGUAUCAGUCUCAAAUGACAAUGAAAGAUUUAAACCCUGAAGUUACAGAAUUUGAAAUGUUAAGGAAGGCGCGUUUGGAGGAACAUAGACAAAAAAUUAUGGAUUAUCUCAAAUUAAUUAAGAGUGAUAAUUUAGAGGACAAAUCUGAUAGUCACAAAAAAAUUGAUUAAAACACAUUGACAUGAAUUAAUUCAUGUAAAAUAAUAAAAUACUGUAAAUGUUGUAUAAAUGUAUAUUUGUAUUAAUAAAAAUUAU